UGUAAAAGACGUGUUGGAUGGACGUGUGGUAGAAGUGCAUUUUGUAAAAUCGUAAAUUCUUUGAAUGCAUAAAACUGAAAAAUGGCAGAUUCUGAGAUACUGAAGAAAUUGAAAGAUAUACCGUUUAGAAUACAGACCGCAAGUUUGAAAGAAAGGCGUGCAGUUAUUGAAGAAAUACAGGAUGUUUUAUCAACACCAGGAAUCACAGAGCCAGCAGUGCGUUUUGUGUGCCGCGUAGUGGUCUCGACCCUGCACCGGUAUCGGGACUCUACAUCCCAGUCAUAUGUAAAGGGCCUGCUGGCAUACCUUGCUGUAAACCACCGUGAGUGGGUGCUGCGAAAUUUGCUGCCACUCCUGCUCGAUACAUCUGAGCAGCUUCGCAAUACUGCAACAUCUAAGAACAUAUGUCAGAGUGGACUCUAUGCACUGCGAUGGUCAACCAUAAUAGUGGAUGGUACUCUGAAGGGCACUGAAGAAGAUGUAGUGGACUACACCUCCCUUGUGCUGACACAAGCCAACCUGCUGGCUGUGGUCACCGCAUAUGGGGACAGCAAAAGGAAUGACAAAGCCUAUUCUAUGUUGCACGCGUCAUGGACCGCCAUCGGUCCGGAAAAGCUGUCCAAGUGGACGGACGUGCUGAUCGCGCAGCCGGCAGACGCGGGCGCGCACGUGUGCGUGACUCUGGCCGCGCUCUGCCGCCAUGCUGCCGAUGAAGGCCACGAGGAAGAUAUCGCGAAACACAAGCCAAAAAUGCUGGAGUGCUUCACAAAGAGCCUGAUCAGCGUCAAAACCCGGCCGAACGCCAACUACAUCCGCGGCUGCGGCGCGUUACUCCAACUGCUGGACCGGACGGAGGUGCACGAGGCGCUGCUGCCGGCGCUGCAGAAGGCCAUGCUGCGGAGUCCCGAGACCAUCGUGCAGGCAGUCGGUGAAGUGCUGGAUAACCUGCAGAUAUCCUUGGAUGGCCCAGCUGUGGAUAUUGCUAAGAGCUUGAUUGCGAACCUGUGCUCAAAAGACGAGUGGGUGCGCUUGUCAGCGCAAGAAGCGCUGCGGCGGCUGGCGCGGCGCUGCGGACAGCGGGCGGCGGCGCGCGCGGCGCUGGCGCACGCCUUNUGCAAUCCGAAUGAAUGCACGAUAACAGUGUUGGAAAAAUACUCAGUAGUGGCUGAAGAGAAGGAUUCUCCUGUGUAUAGAGCAUUUAUACUAGUCUUACUAUCGCCAAUCAAGUCAGUCCGCGACGCGGCCGUAGAACAAGCCAGAUCAUUACUAGCAAAUCAAGAAAGAGCCCUAUUGGCUAGGUAUUUAGUGUUAAAAUUAAAUGAAAUUUUGGAGGAAGGAAAGAUAUUCGUUUCCAAAGAGAAAUCACCCCCAGAAGAGAAGGGAACAGAUGUUACAGGGAAGAUGAUAUUAGAUUGUGUUCAAGCGUUGUGUUCAUAUAAAGAUUACUCAAAGGAAGACACGGAAAGUCUGGCUCUCGACAUUCUACCGUCCUGCCACCACCCUCUAGUCGUGGCCAUAAGCAAGCGGGCGUGGCAAAAGGUUUGCGUGUAUCUACGCCUGGAUCCCGAAGUACUAGUUGACACACAUUCUAAGAAAUUGAUUAAUUUAUAUGUGACCGGAUAUACUCCUACCGAGGGCGUGGCCAUCCUCAGCUCGCUGAACGUGUCGGCCGAAGACCGCGCGGCGCUGUUCGCGGAGGUGCUGGCGCAGACGGCGCGCGUGCUGGAGGGCGAGUCGCACGAGCGCACGCUGCUGGGCGCGCUGCACGCGCUGCGCGCCUGGCUGCCCGCGCUCGACGCCACGCUGCCCGACAAGCUGCUCGACAUGUUCAAGAAGAACUUAUCGGCCAAGAACACGACGCAGACGGUGCGCAUCGCGUACAUGUCGCUGGUAGCCGCGGGCGUGCGAGCAUGCGGCGUGUCGCAGCCGCAGCGCGACGGCCUGCUGCCCGCGCUGGCCCAGGCUGUGGAGCGCGCCGCCCAACAACCAUUGCAGCACCUAGUAGUAUGCGAAGGCAUCGCGGCCAUGCUGGCUCUAGUCUUACUGGACACGGCGCGCACGCUGCCGGGCGCGAGCACGUGGGCGGCGCUGGCGCACGCGUCCAAGCACGUGCUGCUGCACGAGCGCGCGCUGGCCGCCGCGCCCGACGACGUCCUAAUACAGGUGGUGUUGCUAUGCAGAACAGUGUUGGAAAAAUACUCAGUAGUGGCUGAAGAGAAGGAUUCUCCUGUGUAUAGAGCAUUUAUACUAGUCUUACUAUCGCCAAUCAAGUCAGUCCGCGACGCGGCCGUAGAACAAGCCAGAUCAUUACUAGCAAAUCAAGAAAGAGCCCUAUUGGCUAGGUAUUUAGUGUUAAAAUUAAAUGAAAUUUUGGAGGAAGGAAAGAUAUUCGUUUCCAAAGAGAAAUCACCCCCAGAAGAGAAGGGAACAGAUGUUACAGGGAAGAUGAUAUUAGAUUGUGUUCAAGCGUUGUGUUCAUAUAAAGAUUACUCAAAGGAAGACACGGAAAGUCUGGCUCUCGACAUUCUACCGUCCUGCCACCACCCUCUAGUCGUGGCCAUAAGCAAGCGGGCGUGGCAAAAGGUUUGCGUGUAUCUACGCCUGGAUCCCGAAGUACUAGUUGACACACAUUCUAAGAAAUUGAUUAAUUUAUAUGUGACCGGAUAUACUCCUACCGAGACGAUGUCAAAUCUAGUGACCACGCUAGUCCGCACAAACGCGGAGGCCAUAGCGGGCGACGCGCUACAGGUGGCGCUAGACGCGCUAGUGGACCCAGAGUUGUUGCGCGUCACGAGGGUGGAAUAUUUCACCUACCUCACGCCCGACGGGGAGCUCUACGACAAGAGCUCUGUGCCUGGUAAUGACGACAACAAAGAGAUGAACCUAAAGCGCGAAAGCAAAGCGUACAGCUACAAGGAGCAGUUAGAAGAAUUACAGCUGCGACGCGAACUUGAAGAGAAGAUGCGCAAGCAGGGCAAGACCAAGGAGGCGCCGCUCACCGCUAAGCAGAAGGAAGCCAUCAAGGCGCAGCUCGCCAAGGAGAGCGUCAUCCGACAGAAGCUCAGCGCGCUAAACGCACGCGUGGUGGUAGCGGCGGAGCUGUUAGAAGCAGUGCGUGCAGGCAGCGCUUUGGCACUGGCCGCGCGCGCGCGCCUUUUGGUGUGGGCGCUGAUAGGCGCGUUGCGCUCGCCGCUGGCCGCGCCGCGCCUUCUAUCUGCGCUGUGUGCGCUGCGCCCCGCGUUGCUGCCCAGACAUACUGUUGUGGGAGACACGGUCGCCAGGUUCACUAUCAGACUACACAAUCCCCAAUGCGACUUAGACCCGAGCUGGGAGGAGGAGGACCUAGACAAGGGCACCAUCCGCGCCAUCAACCUAGUCCACUCAGUGACGGCGGGCGUCAAGGUGUCGGACGACGAGGAUGCGCCGCCGCUCGAAAACUACUUCACCGCGCCUGGCUUUUGCUAUGUGUUCCCGUUGCUCAAGCAAGACAAGGGUACCAUCCGCGCCAUCAACCUGGUGCACUCGGUGACGGCGGGCGUCAAGGUGUCGGACGACGAGGACGCGUCGCCGCCCGAAAACUACUUCACCUGUGACUUAGACCCGAGCUGGGAGGAGGAGGACCUAGACAAGGGCACCAUCCGCGCCAUCAACCUGGUGCACUCGGUGACGGCGGGCGUCAAGGUGUCGGACGACGAGGACGCGCCGCCGCCAGACAACUACUUCACCGCGCCCGGCUUCUGCUACGUGUUCCCGUUGCUCAAGCAAGGGCUAACGCGCACGGCGACGCGCGCCGACGAGGCCGCCAUGAUCAGCGGGCUGGGCGUGAUCGCGCACCACGCCGCGCUGCGCGAGAGUGCCGACCCCAUGCUGAGGCCCGAGCUCUUCCCCAUCGACCACAUGUUCCGGCUGCUGAUAGAUCUGAUCAGUAAUAGCUCCGGGCGCGUGCAGACAGCGUGUACGGUGGCGCUGUUAGAGACAGCGCGUUGUGCGGCGCGCGGCGGCCUCACCACCGACGACGUGUCUUGCUUGCUAGCCGGCCUGCAGAACCCGCUCGAUGUGGUGCGUGACGCGGCGCUUCGAGCGCUGAUGUGCGUGCAGGACCGGCUGCCGGGCAUGCUGGCGGACGAGGCGUACGCGCUGCCGCUCACCAAGCGCCUGCUCAUCGCCACCUUCGACAUCGCGCCCGACAACAAAAAACUAGCCGAAGAGCUCUGGGAGAGGCUGCCUCUCGCCCAGCAGUGGAGCCAGGAGCCGGACCUAGUGGAGCUGGUGCUGGAUGACGUCACGCACCCCGCGGAGCCGGUGCAGCGCGCGGCGGCGCUGGCGCUGGCGCACCUCGUGGAGAGGGACCCCGACCCCGCCGCCGGCGACCUGGUGCUGCAGAAGUUGAUGGACCUGUACAAGGAGAAGCUGCCGCUCGCGCAGCAGUGGAGCCAGGAGCCAAAGCUAGUGGAGCUGGUGCUGGAUGACGUCACGCACCCCGCGGAGCCGGUGCAGCGCGCGGCGGCGCUGGCGCUGGCGCACCUCGUGGAGCGGGACCCCGACCCCGCCGCCGGCGACCUGGUGCUGCAGAAGCUCAUGGACCUGUACAAGGAGAAGCUGCCGCUGAUCCCGGCCAAGCUAGACCAGUUCGGUCACGUGGUGGAGGCAGCAGUAGACGAGUGGGGCGCACGACGAGGCGCGGGCGUGGCGCUGGGCGCGCUGGCGCCCCGCCUCACCGCGCACGCCGCGCCCGCUGCGAUCACCUUCUUCGUGCACGACGCGCUCGGCGACCGCCACGAGGCCGUGCGUGCUGUCAUGUUGGACGCUGCCAUGGCUGUGGUUGAUCUGUACGGGAAGGAGACCGUGAGCAGCCAGCUGCCGGUGUUCGAGAACUUCCUGGACAAGGCGCCGAAGUCGGGCCACUACGACUGCGUGCGCCAGAGCGUGGUGCUGCUCAUGGGCUCGCUGGCGCGCCACCUGGCGCCCAACGACGAGCGCGUGCGCCCCAUCACGCUGCGCCUCAUCGCCGCUCUGUCCACGCCCAGCCAGCAGGUGCAAGAGGCGGUGAGCAACUGCCUGCCGCACCUGGUGAACUCCAAGGCCCUGCAGCACGAGAUCAACGGCAUCAUGGCGCGCCUCGUCAAGCAACUGCUCACGGCAGAGAAGUACGGCGACAGGAAGGGUGCAGCGUACGGUAUCGCUGGUCUUAUCAAAGGGCUUGGCAUUUUGUCACUAAAAUCGAUGGACGUUAUGGGCAAACUCACGGACGCGGUACAAGAGAAGAAAAACUACAGGUACCGUGAAGGCGCGCUGUUCGGGUUCGAGAUGCUGUGCCACAAGCUGGGCCGGCUGUUCGAGCCGUACGUGGUGCACGUGCUGCCGCACCUGCUCAACUGCUUCGGGGACACGUCGCAGUACGUGCGCGCCGCCGCCGACGACACCGCCAAGCUCAUCAUGUCGCGGCUCAGCGCGCACGGCGUCAAGCUCGUGCUGCCCGCGCUGCUCGAGGCGCUCAACGACGACAACUGGCGCACCAAGGCCGGUUCGAUCGAGCUCCUGGGCGCCAUGGCAUACUGCGCGCCGAAGCAGCUGUCGUCGUGCCUGCCGUCCAUCGUGCCCAAGCUCAUCGAGGUGCUGAGCGACUCGCACAUGCGCGUGCAAGAGGCCGGCGUGGAGGCGCUCGGCGUCAUCGGCUCCGUCAUCCGCAACCCAGAGAUUCAGGCAAUCGUGCCUGUCCUCCUGCAAGCCCUUCAAGACCCGUCGAACAAGACGUCAGCCUGCCUCCAGACGCUCUUAGACACGAAGUUCGUGCACUUCAUCGACGCGCCGUCGCUGGCGCUGAUCAUGCCGGUCGUGCAGCGCGCCUUCCUGGACCGCAGCACGGAGACGCGCAAGAUGGCGGCGCAGAUCAUCGGCAACAUGUACUCGCUGACCGACCAGAAGGACCUCAUGCCAUACCUGCCCAGCAUCAUCCCCGGCCUCAAGAGCUCGCUGCUCGACCCCGUGCCCGAGGUGCGGUCGGUGUCGGCGCGCGCGCUGGGCGCGAUGGUGCGCGGCAUGGGCGAGCAGAGCUUCGAGGAGCUGCUGCCGUGGCUCAUGAGCACGCUCACGUCGGAGAGCAGCAGCGUGGACCGCUCGGGCGCCGCGCAGGGCCUGUCCGAGGUCGUGGCCGGCCUGGGCGUGCACAAGCUGCACACCAUCAUGCCGGAUAUAAUCGCGACGGCCGAGCGCACGGACAUCGCGCCGCACGUGAAGGACGGCUACAUCAUGAUGUUCAUCUACAUGCCGGGCGCCUUCACGGACGAGUUCACGCCCUACAUCGGCCAGAUCAUCAACCCAAUCCUCAAGGCGCUCGCCGACGAGAACGAGUAUGUGCGCGAGACUGCGCUCAAGGCCGGUCAGCGCAUUGUCACAUUGUACGCAGAAUCUGCGAUCACAUUGCUUCUACCGGAGUUGGAACGCGGGUUGUUUGAUGACAACUGGCGUAUCCGAUACAGUUCGGUCCAACUUCUCGGAGACUUGCUUUACCGUAUAUCUGGAGUGUCGGGCAAGAUGAGCACGGAAACAGCGUCUGAGGACGACAACUUCGGCACAGAACACUCGCACAAGGCGAUUAUGCGAGCGCUAGGCCCCGAGCGUAGGAACCGCGUGCUAGCUGGACUUUAUAUGGGCCGCAGCGACGUGGCGCUCAUGGUGCGUCAGGCCGCGCUACACGUCUGGAAGGUGGUAGUGACAAAUACACCGAAGACGCUGCGCGAGAUCCUGCCGACGCUGUUCAGCCUGCUGCUGGGCUGCCUGGCCUCCACCAGCUAUGACAAGCGCCAAGUGGCCGCGCGCACGCUCGGCGACCUCGUGCGCAAGUUGGGCGAGCGCGUGCUGCCCGAGAUAGUACCGAUCCUGGAGCGCGGGCUGAAGUCGGAGCGCGCGGACCAGCGCCAGGGCGUGUGUAUUGGCCUGGGAGAGAUCCUGGCUUCCACCUCGCGGGAAGCGGUCAUGAGCUUCGCCGAUGGCCUGGUGCCGACGGUCCGCACGGCGCUGUGCGACCCGCUGCCCGAGGUGCGGCUGGCGGCGGCGCGCGCGUUCGACAGCCUGCACGCCACCAUCGGCAACAAGGCGCUGGACGACAUCCUGCCGCACAUGCUGCGCUCGCUGCACGACCCCGACAAGCAGCUCGCCGACGCCACGCUCGACGGGCUCAAGCAGGUGAUGGCGAUCAAGUCCCGCGCAGUGCUCCCAUACCUGGUCCCAGUGCUAACCGGCUCGGGCUCCGGGCCAGGCGGCAACGCGGUGGACACUCGCGCGUUGUCGGCGCUGGCGGCGGCGGCGGGCGGCGCGCUGGGCCGGCACCUGCCGCGCGUGCUGCCCGCGCUGCUGACGGCGCUGGUGGCGGCGCGAGGCCGGCCUGACGAGGCCAGGGAGCUGGAGAACUGCCGCGACGCGCUGCUGCCUGUCACCGACGCCGCUGGAGUUAGGAGCAUCAUCGACACACUGCUAGAGACAAUCCGCACGAGCGAGGAGCCGCGACGGCGCGCGGCCGCUGCUCUGCUAUGCGCGUUCGUGGCGCACACGCGCGCCGAGCUCGCGCCUCACGUGGCGGCGUUGCUGCGCGGGCUGCUGGCGCUGUACGCCGACAAGGAGCGCGAGCUGCUGUGCAUGGCGUAUGAAGCGAUGGCAGCGCUGACCCGUACGCUGGAUGCCGAGCGCAUGAUCCAGCACGUGCCAGAUGUGCGAACGGCGUUGCGCCUCGCAGCUGCGGAUCUCAAGGGCGAUCUCUUGCCCGGAUUCUGUAUGCCCAAGGGUAUUUCCCCCCUCCUGCCGCUGUUCCGCGAGUCGAUCCUGAACGGGCUGCCGGAGGACAAGGAGAACGCCGCGCUCAUGCUGGGCGAGAUCAUCAAGCUCACCUCCGCCGCCGCCAUCCAGCCCUCCGUCGUUCACAUCACUGGCCCUCUCAUCCGUAUCCUGGGAGACCGGUUCAAUUCCAGUGUUAAAGCAGCAGUCUUGGAGACUCUGGCUUCAUUAUUGUCCAAGGUGGGGUCGAUGCUGAAGCAGUUCCUGCCGCAGCUGCAGACGACGUUCCUGAAGGCGCUGCACGACGGCGCGCGCGGCGUGCGCAUCAAGGCGGGCCAGGCGCUGGCGCAGCUCGUGCUCAUCCACACGCGCGCCGACCCGCUCUUCGUAGAGCUACACAACGGCGUGCGCCUCGACGACCCCGCCGUGCGCGACACCAUGUUGCAGGCGCUGCGAGGCGCGCUCGUCGGCGGCGGCGACAAGAUGUCGGAGCCGCUCGCACUGGCCGUGCUCACCACGCUGAGCGGGCCGGCGCUGCUGGCGCACCCCGACGACCCGCCGCGCCAGGCCGUGGGCGGCUGCCUGGGCGCGCUGCUGCCGCGCCUGCCGCCCGCGCACCGCGACGCCGCGCUGCUGCACCACGUGCUGGCCGCGCAGCAGCAGCCGCACCACCAUCACCACCAGCCCGCGCAGGACGACUGGCUUCUGACGCACGGCCGUUCUGCUGCGCUGUUCGUCGCGCUCAAGGAAUCACCUGCUGAGAUCUACCGCGACCACUUCGAGGAGAAGAUCGAGAAGACGCUGCUGUCAUACCUGGCCAGCGAGCGCGUGCCCACCGCCUGCAACGGGCUGCGCGGCGCCGCCUACCUGCUGCGCCACCUGCUGGCCGCGCGCCGCCCCGCGCCGCCCGCGCUGCUGCAGCAGUUCGUGAGGGCGUGCCACCGCCUGCAACGGGCUGCGCCACCUGCUGGCCGCGCGCCGCCCCGCGCCGCCCGCGCUGCUGCAGCAGUUCGUGAGGGUAGGACCGCACUCAUACACAGCACACUACUCCCUGCGUGGCUCGCCAGGCGUGCCACCGCCUGCAACGGGCUGCGCCACCUGCUGGCCGCGCGCCGCCCCGCGCCGCCCGCGCUGCUGCAGCAGCGUGCCACCGCCUGCAACGGGCUGCGCCACCUGCUGGCCGCGCGCCGCCCCGCGCCGCCCGCGCUGCUGCAGCAGUUCGUGAGGGUAGGACCGCACUCAUACACAGCACACUACUCCCUGCGUGGCUCGCCAGGCGUGCCACCGCCUGCAACGGGCUGCGCCACCUGCUGGCCGCGCGCCGCCCCGCGCCGCCCGCGCUGCUGCAGCAGUUCGCGUGCCACCGCCUGCAACGGGCUGCGCCACCUGCUGGCCGCGCGCCGCCCCGCGCCGCCCGCGCUGCUGCAGCAGUUCGUGAGGGCGUGCCACCGCCUGCAACGGGCUGCGCCACCUGCUGGCCGCGCGCCGCCCCGCGCCGCCCGCGCUGCUGCAGCAGUUCGUGAGGGUAGGACCGCACUCAUACACAGCACACUACUCCCUGCGUGGCUCGCCAGGCGUGCCACCGCCUGCAACGGGCUGCGCCACCUGCUGGCCGCGCGCCGCCCCGCGCCGCCCGCGCUGCUGCAGCAGUUCGUGAGGAGCAUGAACCACCAGAGCAAUGAGGUGAAACAAUUGAUGGCGACCGCAGGCGCGCUCGUGGGCCGCGCCGCCGCCGCCGAGUGGUGCGGCGAGACGCCCGACGCCGCCGACCAACAGGAGCCGCGAGCGGGCUGGGAAGGUGGCGCGGAUGUACUGCGCGCGCUGCUGCCAGCGCUGGUCAACGGCACCAAGGAGAAGAACACCUACGUACGCGCCAACUCCGAGCUCGCGCUCAAGGCCGUGCUGCGACUGCCGGCUGACGACGCCUUCCACCAGAAAUGCGUGAGCCUGCUGGACGAGGGCGCGCGCGAGGCGCUGGCCGACGUGGUGGCGCGCGUGCUGCGGCGCGCGCACUCCGAGCACGCGCGCGACGAGGAGCUCGACUGCACGCUGCUCACCUGAGCCUCUGCCUCCGGCCCCGAGCGCACAUGUUAUUCAUAUUCAUAUUAUAUUUAACUCUCUUUACCAA